UAUAUCUAGAAUUUAAACUACUUAUACACAUAUAAUUACUAGCUCUAGAUACUUACCAUCGUUCUUGCUUACUCUAUCCUAGCUUAAUUGUCUGGUUUCUUCAUAUAUUUAGGGUUACAGAUAUAUAUAUAUAUAGUUGGAGAUGGAGGGUACUCUGAUAAGCAAGAAAUGGUGGUGGGUUGUGUGUGUAGUGUUAAUGGUUUCUUUGCAUGGGAAUGGGGUUAAAGCAGCUCCACAGGCUCCUUGCUACUUUAUAUUUGGGGAUUCAUUAGUAGAUAAUGGGAACAAUAAUCAGCUUACGUCUUUGGCUAGGGCUAAUUAUUUGCCUUAUGGUAUUGAUUUCCCUCGUGGACCUACUGGAAGAUUUUCCAAUGGUAAAACUACUGUCGACGUUAUCGCUGAAUCAUUGGGCUUCAAUGGUUACAUUUCUCCCUAUUCAACCGCACGUGGUCAAGAUAUACUCAGAGGAGUAAAUUAUGCAUCGGCCGCUGCUGGAAUCAGAGAGGAAACUGGACAGCAACUUGGGCAACGCAUUAGCUUCAGUGGUCAAGUAAAGAACUACCAAAAUACAGUGUCUCAAAUAGUGAACUUGCUUGGUGACGAAAAUACAACGGCAAAUUAUUUAAGCAAAUGCAUAUUCUCUAUUGGAUUAGGCAGCAAUGAUUAUCUCAACAACUAUUUUAUGCCCCAAUUUUACUCUUCCAGCCGCCAAUAUACGCCGGAGCAGUACGCUAAUGUUCUUAUCCAGCAGUAUACUCAGCAGCUCAGGAUUUUGUACGACAAUGGAGGCAGGAAAUUUGUGUUGAUUGGAUUGGGUCAAAUAGGGUGCAGCCCAAGUGAAUUGGCCCAAAAUAGUCCAGAUGGUAGAACAUGUGUUCAAAGAAUCAACUCAGCCAACCAAAUUUUCAAUAACAAGCUCAGAUCUCUUGUUUCUCAAUUCAACAGCAAUACUCCUGAUGCAAGAUUUAUCUAUGUCAAUGUGUAUGGGAUGUUCCAAGAUAUAACAAGCAACCCUGCAAGAUACGGUUUUACAGUUACAAAUGCUGGGUGCUGUGGUGUGGGAAGGAACAAUGGUCAAAUUACAUGCCUGCCAUUCCAAACUCCAUGUCAAAAUAGGAAUCAAUAUUUAUUUUGGGAUGCAUUCCACCCAACUGAGGCAGCAAAUAUUAUAAUUGGGAGAAGAUCUUACAGUGCUCAAUCUUCGUCGGACGCUUACCCAUUUGAUAUUCGCCGGCUAGCGCAGCUCUGAAGUCAUGGAAAUGGUGAUUAAUUAUGGAUAAUGGUGAUUAAUUAUGGAUUCCGACUUAUAUAAUACAAUAUUUUUCUGUAUGUGUUAUAUGUGUGCUUCAAAGUGCACAUAUUGAGUAUUGUCAAGCUAUUGGCUUUGUUCAGGAGAUUUUGAGUUCAAUUAAGAUCAUCAGUGAGAAUUGUAUUAAGCAAGCACUGCAAGCAAUAAAAAUUAAAUUUUGGUGAAAAAUAAAA